GAUUUUUUCAACCAAUAACAAAUACCUCCGGAAAAAUUAUUACAAACAUAAAAAGACCAAUUCAAACUUUCAACCAAUUUAGUUGAUUCUGCCGCCUUCAACCAUUUUAGUUGCAUGAUUCCUUUUUCCAACUUUGCAUUUAACCGGUCCUAUAUACCAUCGGUCAAUCACAAUUUCUAGUCACCCAAGACUAAACCGGGCGUAAUCUAUUGUACCAAUCAACUUUAAUUAUCCAGAAAACGACGCUAUCUAUUGGCAGAAGCUUCUUUACUCUUUUUCUUCGUGAGACCCUUUGAACAUGCCGAGGACGGAGGAAGUUUCCUUUGAAUAAUUAAUUCAGCCUUUUCAACAUAGAAAAUUCUCCAAACGCAACGCAAAAAUGACCUCUGUUUUCUCCAACGUCAAACCUCAUCUUCUCAAAGGUUUCUCCAACAUCUAUGUCCUCUCUCUAAUUCCCUUGUAAAUCUCAAUCAUACCUCUUCACUUAAUUUUUUAAUCUUUUUGUUUCAAAUGAUGAGGAUUUAUGUUUCCGUGGUUUUCUUGGUGUUCUUUGUUCCUUCUCCAGUCUCUGCUGGUUUCUACCCCAACUCCUCAGCCAUUCCGCCGGAGCUUCUCAGUAACGCCACCGGAAACCCCUGGAACUCAUUCUUGAAUUUCACCGGAUGUCAUGCCGGCAAGAAAUACGAUGGUCUCUACAAGCUUAAGCAAUAUUUCCAACAUUUUGGCUACAUCCCCGAAACUGAUCUCUCCGGAAACUUCACAGACGACUUCGACGAUAUCCUUAAGAACGCCGUCGAAAUGUACCAGAGAAACUUCCAGCUAAAUGUCACCGGAGUACUCGACGAGCUCACUCUCAAACACGUCGUGAUCCCGCGUUGCGGCAACCCAGACGUAGUCAACGGCACCUCAACUAUGCAUAGCGGUAGAAGAACCUUCGAGGUCUCCUUCGCCGGGCGGGGACAACGUUUCCACACUGUCAAACACUACUCUUUCUUCCCCGGAGAGCCACGGUGGCCGAGAAAUCGCCGUGAUCUAACAUACGCUUUCGACCCGCGAAACUCGUUGACCGAAGAGGUCAAGAGUGUGUUCUCACGCGCGUUCGCUCGUUGGGCGGAGGUGACUCCCCUUACGUUCACGCGCGUGGAAAGGUUCUCGACGUCCGACAUAAGCAUCGGAUUCUACUCCGGCGAACACGGCGACGGAGAACCAUUUGACGGCCCAAUGAGAACGCUAGCACACGCGUUCUCGCCCCCGACAGGACACUUCCACCUAGACGGAGAAGAAAACUGGAUCGUCUCCGGUGAAGGAGGCGACGGUUUUAUCUCCGUCGAUGAGGCUGUUGAUCUAGAAUCGGUGGCUGUUCACGAGAUUGGACAUCUUCUAGGGUUAGGCCAUUCCUCGGUCGAAGGUUCUAUCAUGUAUCCAACCAUCAGGACGGGUAGGCGUAAAGUUGAUUUAACGACCGAUGACGUGGAAGGAGUCCAAUAUUUGUACGGUGGGAAUCCUAACUUCAACAGCUCUAGAUCUCCACCACCGUCUACUCAACAACGAGAUACUGGCGAUUCCGGUGCUGCUGGUAGAAGCGACGGUUCUAGAUCGGUUUUGACUAAUCUACUUCUGUAUUAUUUUUGGAUUAUUUUCGUAUUUAGUGUAGAUGAUUGGAUUAGUUCAUAAUUUACAGAUUAUGCUAAUCUUCUCUUUCUUAGAUUGGUUCUUCAUUCAUGCAUAGUUUCUAUUUUUGAACAUAGUAUACUUUUUUGUUACGAAUUAAGAAUUUUGAGAUGAAAUUUAUGAGUUCAAAAUA